CUUUUCCCUCUUUCUUCCUUUCUUUAUUUUGUACUUCUACCCAAAGGGUGAAAAAAUAUGAUUGAAAAAAAUAAAUCCAACAUAAAAAAUACAUAAGAAAUUUUAUAAGCAAAACAUAAAAACUAAUAGCAGCACUGUACAAUAAGGAACCAUUAGUGAUCAUGACAUUACUUUAAAGCAUUUCUUCAUCUAUGUUAUGUUAAUUUGAACAUUUACUAAUAGAUUAAGUAUAUCAUUGAAUGGACCGUAGUUAAUUUUAACGAAUACAUUAACUAACGAUGUCUUAUUAUGAAGCUGUACUAAGCUUGUUAUGAAAACAAUUGUGCUACUUUUCAGGGCUUACGUGGGUUGCGCGCGCGCUCCUCUUCCUGUGCUUCGGUUACCACAGCAACAAGUGAGCUUGUGCGCGCUUCCGUGGCCGCCUCGCAAGUAACAACAAACAACCGCAUAAACAGUUUUGUUUCUUCAAAAUAGGAGUUUUGUUAAAAUGCGGCGGCAAAAGUAUUUCACGCCGACGGAGGUAUCCCUUCACAACACUCUCAAAGAUAUAUGGGUGUCGUACCUGGGCAAAGUCUACGAUCUCACACCGCUGCUGGAGGAAAACAAAGGUGAUGUGUUGUUGAAACCCAUCAUAGAGUGUGCAGGAAAGGACAUCAGUCACUGGUUUGACCCGAAGACAAAGGAUAUUCUUACACAUGUUGACCUGAUGACUGGCUGCAUCAAAUACUACACCCCUAGGGGGCGCUUUUUACACAUACCCCCUCCCUGCCCUCGCACUGACUGGGCCAAUGAUUUCGGGAAGCCGUGGUGGAAGGAUAACCGCUACGAGGUUGGGCUGCUGUCUGCCAAAACACGCUGGAUCCGCAUUAUCAACACUUUAACCGCCCAAGAGCAGAGGCUGGAGGUUUGCUCUGAGGAGACUCUGGAUGAGAUUCUCCAGCGAUAUCUGUGCUACAAUUCCCAUGCAGCAAGCUACACCUGGAAGCACAAUGGCGUAAAUUUAGACAUGAGCAAGACCCUGAGUGAAAACGGCAUCCCUGAAGAGGACGAGUUUUACUGUGGAAGCCCAGAGUGUAACCUCUUCUCUCCAUCCAUAUGUCUAUAUUUCAACGACGACCUCACUGAACUCUAAGAAACGCAUGCUAUUAAAAUGAAUAAUGGCAUAUAAUUCAUUAGAAUUUUCACUGCAUGCCGUUUUGAGCGAGAAGAAUAUACCACAUCAACUAUUCAUGUGUUCAGUGUUUCAUCGAUUCCUGUCUGUGGUUAUCUUAUUGCAGCUCUGUGCUUCAUCCAAUCAAAUGCUGAGCAACAGAAUAAAAAAGAUUAAUGCCAGCCUACAUAAUAACCCCCUGAACCAUUAAGUCUGGUGGUUGCCAUGGUAAUUGCUCGGAGGAAAUGCUGUAGCUACUGUAUUGUAGGCCCCAGCAGGCUCUCAACCCUAAUUAAGUAGUAUUAUAUAUGUAUGCAUGUACACACAAAUGAUUUCAUGCAGCCAAGAUUUCAAUUUAAUCACUGCUUUAUGAGACUAUGUCAUUAACAUCUGCAAACGUGGAUCUUUUUGUAAGCAGUUUAAUUUGCCUGUGCACUGUUUACUUGGUCUAUAUUUUUGGGAAGCCUUUUGUUCCGUGUGCACAGGAAAGAACAUGUAGAACAGUGGUUCUUUUCCAGAGGGGCCGGGGCCCACUAGGGGGGCGUCAGAUUGCUUAAAAUGAUUUCAGAUAUGCUGGAAGACCUGGAAAAGUCAUGGACUUUUCUAAAACAAAAAUUUAUUUUUUCUAGUGGUCGAGGUUUAAAAAAUAUUGUUUAGAGUAGAGACUGCUGAGAAAUCAAUAUUUGCAUGUUAAAAGGUUGAGAACUGCUGAUGUAAUAUAUACCAACCAAACGGAAGUACUGCAUACUUCACUAAAAAACUAAAUUAGACUAGCUACAUAAGAGCAUUUGUAACUGAAAGCAGGAAGGAAUAGAUGAAGCUUAUUUGCAUCAGUUACGCUUACAUUAAUGUUUUGCUUAUAGCAUGCGCAUAUGAAAUGCCAAACGUCACAAUGCAAUAUGUGUACUUGCAAAAUAUUAUUGUAAUUCAGCAGCUAAUGAUUUGAAAACGAUCUUUUCCAUUUCCAAAUAGCUA